GCAACUACGAGAGAACCAUGUAUUUUGAUCCUCUUGGUGAGUUGGUGUAUUCAAGGCUACUUCCUUAGAUUCUGCAAGCACGAUAAGCUGAUUUCUCAGUCAUCUCUUCCCAGCUUUCCUUCCAAUUUAUUGUAAAGAUUCUCUGUGAUGGGCAAAGAUUCAAAGAAAAAGGAGCCUGCUGCAAAAGGUAAGGGGAAACAAGCAGCGGGUGCUAGUGAUGAGGGCGCUUCUAAGGGUAGCGGGAAAGGAGAUAAGCUAGGUACUUGCUCUUUUGUGAAAGCGAGGCAUAUAUUGUGUGAGAAACAAGGGAAAAUUAACGAGGUAUACCAGAAAUUGCAAGAAGGUUGGCUCGACAGUGGAGAUAAGGUCCCACCAGCGGAGUUUGGAAAGUUGGCUGCUCAAUACUCCGAAUGUCCUUCCGGGAAAAAGGGAGGAGACCUUGGAUGGUUCCCACGAGGAAAGAUGGCUGGCCCGUUUCAGGAGGUUGCAUUCAACACUGCUAUAGGAGCCACCAGUGCGCCUUUUAAAUCUACGCAUGGUUACCAUAUUGUAUUGUGCGAAGGUCGAAGGGGAUCAUGAAACAUGCAAGCAUUACUUAUUCAUCUACUAUCGAUGAUUUGGCUGCUGGAAUAACUGUUGUUUUUGUACGACUUUGUGACGGUCACGAAUACAGAGAUACUGUAUGGGAGACUAUGGAGGUUUCAACUGGAAAUUUGCAUGAUCAAGUUUUAGAUCAUACUUGUUGGCCUGCGAGAUGUUGUGUUUCAGUUUCAGUUAAUUGUGUGGUUAUUUAUGGUUUGUGUCCAUUUUUUCUGAAAUCAUGAUUAUUAUCCUCAAGAAACAUAGACCAAAGCCUUGUGACAAUAUGAUGCAUUUAUCCACUAGUAAGCUAAUAUAUAUGUUAUUUAGCUUGUA